ACCCGCAUUCCCCAACCCGACCCGAGUCAUCUCUAACACGCCCAGCCCAAUUGAAGUCCAUUUCAAAAAAAUUCAACAUCCUUAAACCCUCUCUCAAAACCCCUGCAAAAAAACCCUUUUGGUCACUGAAUUGCAGCAUAAUGGGCAACCAACGAUUUGGCAGAAAACGAGGUAUGAAGAGAAGAUAUGAAGAGAAGCCUUCAGCGAAGAGUCAGAAUGUGAAGAAAAAUGGUCGCUAUAGUAGAGAAGAAAAGCUCAAUAGAAACCCCUCUCCAAGUGCCUCAGAUGAUUCAGGAGAAGAAAACUCAGAGAUAGCUUCGGAGGAAGAAGUGGAAGCACAAAAUGAGGAAGAAGAUGUUAUGGCUUAUAAGGAGCCAACAAUGUAUGAUAGUUUGUUGGAGUCGUUGAGGACAAAACGAGGAGAAUAUAACACAGACUCAGAAGAAAGUGGAGACGAUGUUGAGGAAGCUCAUGGUGCCUCUGAUGAUGGCAAUGAAGGUAAGGCCUUAAGGACUAGUUGGAAUUUGCAUUUUACUCUUCGUUGUUGUGGAAGUUAUUCCUUGAUGUUUUCCUUAUCAGAAAAAAAGUUAUUGCCUGAUGCUUUAGUUAUCGAAAGUUAUUGCUGGAUGUUUCAUGUUCUUUAUUUGCUCUUAUAAUCCACAGUCUUUGAG